CCCCCCCGCACCGCGUGGUAGGGAGUCGCGGGAACCACCGCCCGCAGGCUUGUAGACCACCGGACAAACAUGGUCUGUACCUAUCGAGAGGGCGUCGGGACCAGUGGUCCCGGGAAUGACCUGGGAUCUCCCUGCUCGCCAGGAAGAGGGCAGGGGCGGCCAGGACACACUGUCUCUUUAAAACCACGUUCCUGCUGACACUGAUGAUGCAGAGGCCUCCAUGGCUGUGAUAAGCCUGCUAUUCUUGGCAGUGAUGUAUGUUGUUCACCACCCCCUGAUGGUCAGUGACCGGAUGGACCUGGAAACACUAGCCAGGAGUCGGCAGCUGGAGAAGCGACUGAGUGAGGAGAUGCGGCAGUUAGAGAUAGAGUUUGAAGAGAGGAGGCGAGCAGCAGAACAGAAGCAGAAGGCAGAGAACUUCUGGAGAGGAGACACAUCCAGUGACCAAUUAGUGUUGGGAGAGAAAGACAUGGGGUGGCCAUUCCAUGCCAGUAACCAAGACGGGGGCCCUCUGGGCUGGAUGCUGGGAAACCUGUGGAAUGCUGGCCUCUUUUGCCUUUUUCUCAUCUUUGAGCUCCUGCGACAGAAUAUGCAGCAUGAGCCAGCCUUUGACUCCAGCAGUGAUGAGGAAGAGGAAGAAGUCCGUGUUGUGCCUGUCAGCUCUCACAACUGGCUCACUGACUUCCCUUCCCAGGAGGCCCUGGAAUCCUUUUACAAGCAUUAUAUCCAAAAUGCCAUCCGUGACCUGCCCUGUACCUGUGAGUUCGUGGAGAGCUUUGUGGAUGAUCUCAUUGAGGCCUGUCGGGUGCUCAGCCGCCGGGAGGCUCACCCACAGCUAGAGGACUGCCUGGGGCUCGGGGCUGCCUUUGAGAAGUGGGGGACCCUCCAUGAGACUCAGAAAUUUGAUGUCCUGGUGCCCAUUGUUCCUCCACAGGGCACUAUGUUUAUCUUGGAGAUGAGGGAUCCAGCCCUGGGCCACCGCUGUGGCUGUGUGCGGGUGGACUCUGAAUGCAUGUGCAAACAUGAGAAGCUUCUGGGUGAUGUGCUGUGCCUGGUGCACAACCACAGGGACCACUUGGCCCUCGUGGGCAAGUGCACCAGCUCUAUCAAGGCAGCUCUCUGCACCGGCUUGCACCUGGAUGUGUGUAAGACUGUGCAGUGGUUUCGGAACAUGGUGGGCAAUGCCUGGGCCCUGGUGGCCCACAAGUAUGACUUUAAGCUCAGUCUGCCACCAUCUACCACCUCCUGUACCCUCAGGCUGGAUUACCGCUCAGGCCGCUUUUUGUCAAUCAGCUUGGUUCUAGGGGUGCAGCGGGAAGAUACUUUGGUCUACCUGGUGAGUCAGGCCCCUGAGUUAGAGCAGCUCACCAGCGUGGACUGGCCCGAGUCCUUUGCAGCUUGUGAACACUUGUUCCUGAAGCUGGUAGGGCGCUUUGCCCCUGAGAACACCUGUCACCUCAAAUGCCUCCAGAUCAUUUUGAGUCUCCAGGACCACCAGACCUUACCCCCUGGGGCAUCUCGUCCCAUCCUCACCUCCUACCACUUCAAGACAGCCCUCAUGCACCUGUUGCUACGGCUGCCUCUAACAGACUGGCACCACAAUAUGCUUUCUCAGAGGCUCCAGGACCUUCUCUGGUUCUUGGGCCGUGGCCUCCAGCAAAGAUCUCUCCAUCAUUUCCUCAUUGGUAACACCUUCCUGCCCCUGACCAUUCCAAUUCCUAAGACAUUUCGGGAUGCUGAGCCUAUCAAUCUUUUCCAACACCUGGUGCUAAAUCCUGUGGCACACUCACAGGCAGUGGAGGAAUUCCAAAACCUUCUGACCCAGGUGAAAACUCUGCCUUAUUCCCCAUUGGCUGGAGCAUCUUAAUACAAAGACCAUUAAACAAAACGAAACAAAACCAAAAUGGGAGAAGGUAUUUCUGAUUGCUCAGGCU